GUCACGGGCUACCGGAGAAAUCGUGACUUCGAAGAAGUUAUUUUUGGAUUUCAGAGUCCAGGCAGACUCUUCAAUAACCUAAUAUUUCUCAGUGCGCUUUUUGUUUAAAAUUUUGCAAAAUAUCUGUGAGUUACAACAGUUUUAUCUUAACACAUUUUCCACCAGCUUAGGUAACAGUUUAACAUCGUGACCCACGACUAACAUUAAAACGAAAGAAAGGGCCAUCACUAAGUUAGAGUGAAUUUCAUACUCUUCCGACCGAGUUAAAUAAUAUCAACAAAAUCAGGAACAUGUCCGCCCUAAGACAAUUGCAUAAAAUAAGCACAGGCGUGACAAGACGUGCACUAUUUGGCAGUUCCCCUAAAACACAAAUCAAAGCUUUAGAUAGCCCACAAUUGCAGCUGCAAGUGCAUCACUUUGCUGCCAAAACACAAUCAGCUGUUUUCAGCAGCAGCAACAAAAGCAACUACACGUGCAUUUGCCGCAGCUUACACUGCAGUAAGCCAGUGGACGAUGCAGACAAGACGGUGGCCACUAAUAGCAUUCCCCUGGCUAAACUGGAGGGCAAGAUGCAGCUGAUCUAUACCUGCAAAGUGUGCCAAACGCGAAACAUGAAGACCAUUUCGAAGCUGGCAUACCAACGCGGCGUUGUCAUCGUGACCUGCGAGGGCUGCUCCAAUCACCACCUGAUCGCCGACAAUCUGAACUGGUUCACAGAUUUGGAAGGCAAGCGCAACAUUGAGGAGAUCCUGGCCGAGAAGGGCGAGAAGGUGGUUCGCCUGACCGAUGGCAACUGCGAAUUUCUGCCGAAACAUGAUUAAAAUCGUAGUGUAGUUAACUGAAAA